CGAUGUGAUGCUACUGCUGCUCUAAAUGCCAGUCUCUGCCAGUGUCACUGCAAGUCCACGAUCCAGAAAUCACUGGAGUGUUGCACCGCGCAAAACAUUUGAGCAUCGCAGCUGAUGGAAACGGGGUCCGCUAGACAUGUGCGCGAACGUUUUCGGCGCGUUGAAAAGCCUGUUUAGGAAACCCUUUGAUGGUGGGAAGAGGACGAUGGAUAAUGGCAGUCAGCAACCACACACUCAGCAGAUGCCAGGACCCUUCACAGGUUAUGCGGGACCCCAGGGCCCGUACCCUGGGCAGCACCCAGCCCUGUCACGGCUGGACGAGGUGCAAAGGGAGAUUGCCACCCUGGGCCCUCAGGUGUGCUCUUACAGCGGCCUGCAAAGCGAUAGAGAGUACAAACGACUGGAGCGAGAGCUGACCCGAUUACUGCUGGAGGUCGAUAAGGUGGAGACGGAGGGCCGGCCGGAGCUUCAGCAGGCUCGGAAGCGUGCAGCAGGAGAGGUGGAGGGUCUGCUUCGCUACCUGGAGGGCAACGCUACGCAUCCGUCUCGGCUGGCCAUUGAGGAGCUGACCCUGGAGGUGCAGAACUUGCUGAAUGAAGGGGUGGUGGGGCCGUUCCGGCAGGGCCAGGCUCAAGAUGCCUUUGAGAUCAGUGAGGAGCUGGUGGAGGCUGUGCAGGAUGUGGCCAUGCGGCUGGCUCAGGUUAAGACGGGUGGAAGUGUCCCGCUCAGGAAGGCCCGUUACAAAGCGCUGACUCGGGUCUGUGCCGUACAGGAAUUACUGGAGGGUCGUGUCCGCACUCAAACGCUGGCGCUGCCGCUGUCCGAUGACACGCAUGAGGCUGUGCAGCGUAUUAAUCAAGUCAUGGCGCAGGUGAGUGGUGCCCGGUGUCAGGAGGUGGCUCUGCUGAUGGGUCUGAGCGGGCGGGAUAGCUGUGCCCACCUGGCGAGGGUCCUUACAGAGCUGUUGGUUGAACUGGACGCCCUGGAUGUAUCUAGUGAUGCUGCGGUGAGGAACUACAGAAAACAAGUGGUGGAGGAGAUCAAUGGUCUGCUAAAACAUCUUGACCUGGAGGGAGAAGGAGAAGAAACACGCAGGUAUGAUCUAGCACAGAAUGACUCGAUCCGUGAAAUUGAGGCGAUCAGGAGCCGUGUCUCAGUGCUGCGGGAGGAGGUGCUCCGGCACGGUGCUGCAGGACAGGGGGCGGAGCUGCAAGGUCUCCUCACACGCCUGGAUCAGGUGGACACGGGCCGAAAUCCCUGCAUCCGGGAGGCGCGGCGCAGGGCCGUGCUGGAAGUUCAGGCCCUCACCACCUUCCUAGACCUCUGGGAAGCCCUCGGACGGCGUAACCCCGGACCAGAUGAGCCCCCGUCUCAUGCGUCUGUGUGGCAUGUCUUAGCCAGCCUGUGCAACCUGCAAGCUAAGGUUUUGGGCUUUGAUGGCAAGAGGGCUGACAAGAGCUACAUGGUAUUAGAGGAGCUACUGACCAAACAACUUCUGGCUCUUGAUGCUGUGGACCCUCAGGGUGACCAGGGGACCAAAACUGCCCGUAAGCAAGCUGUUAAACAUGCCCAGAAUAUCCUAAGUUACCUGGAUAUGAUGACGGAUGAGUGGGAGUAUUGAGAAGCUGAUAAAAGAGCCUGGGAUUAAGGAGCUGCAAGGAAAAAGGCAAAAGCUUUUUUGCCUCUUGUGCAACAAAUGAGGACACGGUCGUGCCGAGGAUACGGGCCAUGGGCAGAAUUUUUAAUUUGUGUAUAAAAGACUUGUGUAUGGCUGUGGGCAGCGAUAUUGUUACCCAUGAUGCACUGCACCUGCUGCUUUUAUUGGUCCAUUACUGGUCCCUGAAAUCUGCCUUUCUCCAGGCAGAAGGAAACAUGGUUUCUACUGCACAUGAAGUGUUUUUUUUUCAUGACAAUAACCCACAAUCUUUUUAUUUGAAUCUGUGCUGUUGAUUGGUGUGGUGUGGUGCUACACCCUGUUCUGCUGUCAAAAUCUGCUUCCUGCUUUCCCCACAUGCCCGGGUGGAGCACACUUCCAUCUUUAUAGCGGUGUGAGUACAUCGGCUCUUUAAACAACAACUGACCCACAGGGAACAAUAUUUUAGCAUUUCCUUGAAUCCUCUACACAUAUGUCCCCGUUUAUGUUAAAGGGAUAGGUCACCCUAAAAUAAUUAUUUAAUUUUACAAUAGAAGAGUGAAUAAACAUUGGUUUGUGAUAUCAGUUUAAAGGUGAAGUGUAAUUUCUGGGCCGUUUGUGUCAACAAAUGGACAGUGUUUACACUUUUUAGAGUAUUUAACAUGAAAUUACACUUCACUUUUAAAAAAGACUCAAGGACAGCUAAAAAAAAAUAAAUACAUAAAUCAGACUUCUGAACCUU